GCGAGUUUAUUCUCUGCUCCUGCCUUAAUUGUUCCAUAAAUGAGCAUUAUUGAUAAGCAUGUCAAUAGGCAUAUAUAGAAAGAGCGGCAACCAGCAGUUGCAGCUUACCGAGCGCUUGCUGCAUUGGUGUUCACAUUGAUAAAAAGCGAGUUGAUAAGCCAAGCAAACGGAGCGGAAAUACAAGUUAAAAGCAGACGGCACAACAACAGAAAUCAGUUGCGAGCAAACCGCCCAGCAAAACAGACGUACAAAAAUCGCCAAGUGCUUAAGUAGGGAGGCCCGCAAAUGAAUGAAUGAACGUGCGAAGACGACACGACAAGUGCAAGAAACGAGUUACGAUAACAACACACAAAGCACAGAAGAAGCGUUCAGAUUUAGACGCACUUAAAAAGAGAGACAGACAGAGAAAGAGAGAGAGAGAGGUCAGCGAUCUUUAACCAGCUCCAAGCUCCUCCUAAACAGCGUCGGCAUCACCAUUAGCAGCCCAUGCCUUGGUAGUGGCAGAAGCAACGUGUGUAUAUCAGCAGCUAGCCAAGUGAUUCAGCUGCUCAGCGUAGACGCAGCCAGCCAGUCAGCCAAGUAAUUAUCGUGUACAGAGCUCCAGAGCAGUCUUUAGUAGAAGCUUGCAGCGUACGGUUCGAAAAUGGCACCACCAACUGUCUUGGUUACGGGUGGCGCGGGCUACAUUGGCUCACACACAGUGCUGGAAAUGCUGAACGCUGGCUACAAUGUCAUCUGUGUGGACAAUCUGUGCAAUGCCUACAGCGGAGGUGCCUCAAAGCUGCCCGAGGCACUGAGUCGUGUACAGGAAAUAACCGGCAAAAAGGUUCACUUCUAUCGCGUGGACAUCACAGAUCGCGAGCAAGUGCGCUCCGUCUUCCAGGAGCACAAAAUCGACAUGGUAGCCCACUUUGCGGCGCUCAAGGCUGUGGGCGAAUCCUGCCGCAUACCGCUGCAGUACUACCACAAUAAUAUGACGGGCACCAAUGUCCUGCUGGAGGCCAUGGCCGAUAACAAUGUAUUCAAAUUUGUGUACAGCUCGAGCGCCACUGUUUACGGUGAACCCAAGUUUUUGCCUGUUACUGAGGAGCAUCCGACGGGCAAUUGCACAUCACCCUAUGGCAAAACCAAAUAUUUUACAGAGGAAAUACUGAAGGAUCUGUGCAAGUCAGAUAAGCGCUGGGCAGUUGUCUCUUUGCGCUACUUCAAUCCCGUGGGCGCCCACAUAAGCGGUCGUAUUGGCGAGGAUCCCAAUGGUGAGCCCAACAAUCUGAUGCCCUACAUUGCCCAGGUGGCAGUUGGCCGUCGUCCAAAGCUCAGUGUCUACGGCAGCGAUUUUCCCACCAAGGACGGUACUGGCGUACGUGACUACAUACACAUUGUGGAUCUGGCUGAGGGACAUGUCAAGGCCCUGGACAAGCUGCGCAACAUUGCUGAAACUGGCUUCUUUGCCUACAAUCUGGGCACCGGUGUUGGCUGCUCUGUGCUGGAGCUGGUGCAUGCUUUCGAACGUGCUUCCGGCAAGAAGGUCAACUAUGAGCUGGUCGAUCGGCGUUCAGGAGACGUAGCCACUUGCUAUGCGGACGCACAAUUGGCAUAUCGUGCGCUCGGCUGGAAGGCGACACGCGGCAUUGAUAAAAUGUGCGAAGAUACGUGGCGCUGGCAGAGUCAGAAUCCCAAUGGUUAUGCCAAUAAAUAGUUUCUGGCAGUUUCUCAUAUUGAUGCGUUCUUGCCUUUUACGUGGCAAGGUCGUCGUUCCGUAAGCGUGCCACGUUCUUUCUGCUAUCCUCUUUUGUUAUCAACUGCUUUUUUCGAUAAGUUCCUCAA